UUUAUUUUUUAUUUUACUUAUUAAAGAUGGCUUCAUAUGAACCUAUUCAAAGAUAUUCUACUGAAUUCGAAAAAAGAGCUAGUCAAGACCGUUUACUAUCCUCCCCUGAAGUCUCUGAUCUUGAACUUGGACAAUUGAAUGAACAUAGGAUUCCUCAUCGACAUAAUCAAAAGAUUUUUAAAGAUCAUGUAGAAGAACAUUUUUCAAGACCUGAACUUGUCAAAGAUUGUAUUCUUGGUUUGGCCGAUGGUUUGACUGUCCCAUUUGCUUUAGCUGCUGGAUUAAGUAGUCUCGGUGAUAAUCGUAUUGUUAUUUAUGGUGGUUUAGCAGAACUUGUUUCGGGUGCCAUUUCUAUGGGAUUGGGUGGUUAUUUGGCUGCAAAGUCAGAAGCAGAACAUUAUGAAACGGAAAGGGAACGAGAAGCACGCGAAGUCGAACUUUAUCCUUUGGAAGAAGAAGAAGAAAUUAUUGAAUUAUUUGAACCUUAUGGGUUAGAUCGUAGUUCUAUGGAACCUAUGAUGGUCAAGUUUAGGGAAAAUACUGAAAAAUUUGUGGACUUUAUGAUGCGAUUUGAAUUGAAUCUGGAACUACCGGAUCCAAACCGAAGUUGGAUCUCAGCAUUGACUAUUGGUACAUCAUAUCUUAUUGGUGGUUUUAUUCCUUUGUUACCUUACUUCUUUAUUAUCGAUACAAACAAGGCUUUAUGGUUCUCCGUGCUGGUCACUUCUAUAACUCUUUUUGCCUUUGGAUAUAUUAAGAGUAUUUAUCUUCGUCCAAAACAAGCUAUCAUAGGUGCAAUUCAAACUUUGACUAUAGGUGCUGUGGCUGCCGCAUGUAGUUAUGGUAUUGUAGCUUUGGUCAAUGCCUCUUCUCCCGAAAAAAUGAACUAGUUACCUUGUCCACAAUUUCAUUCCCCUUUCUUUUUUUUUUUCUUUUAUUUCCUUUUACCUGUAUUACAUUGCAUUUUUUUUUUAUCUUACAUAUUUUAGUGAUCAAUUUCUCUCUCUCCCCCCCCCCUACUCUAACUCUUCUUCAUUUACUUUACAUAUAUAUAUAUAUAUAUAUAGAUAUAUCUUAUUCUCCUUAGGAUAAUCUAUUCGACACUAUUAUUUCCUUUCCAUAUAAAUCUCCCACUACUACUUUACUAUCUGUACCAUAUUACACAAUCCUUUUUUUUUUU